CAAACACAUUCACAACUCCAUUAUAUUUCUUACUACUAUUCCCUUCAAUAUUUUUCUCCGUUUGAAAGAAUUUAAGUGUUGAUUUGCUACUUACUUCCAUACACUUAAUUCAGAUCUCGAGAUGAUGAAAGUAGUGCUGAAGUUGGAGUAUCUGGAUGAAAAAGUCAAGCAAAAGGUCAUGAAAAAAGUUUCUGUUGUGGAAGGGGUAGACUCAAUGUCGAUAGAUACAAAGGACAAGAAAUUGACAGUGACGGGAAAUGUAGAUCCAGUUGAAUUAGUUUCAAAAUUGAAGAAACUGUGUCACACUGAAAUACUCUCCGUCGGACCAGCAAAAGAGCCAGAAAAGAAGAAAGAUGAGCCGAAGAAAGAGGAUGCAAAGAAAGCGGCGGUGGCGCCGGCAGCGGCAACAGCAGCAAUAAAGGCAUAUCCAGCUCCAGUUCUCUAUCAAUAUCAGUAUCAGCAACCUUAUCCGCAUUACCCUACCCCUGUUCCUGCUUAUCAGCACUAUUACAGUGUGGAAGAGGAUCCUAAUUCUUGUGUUAUCUGCUAACUUCACUUCUUUCCGGAAUUUUAUCAUACAGUUGGUAUGUGUUCAAUUGUAUACUCUCUACCUCUACGAGGUAAUAGUAAAAUCUGCCUAGACUCUACGAGAUCACUUGUGAGAUUUCAUUUCACUGGAUACAUUGUUGUAUUAUAUUUGGUUGAAGAAAUGAAAGUUAAGAGGAUAAGUAUUUGAAGCUGAAAAAGAAUAGGAGCAUCUAAGAAUACAAAUUGUGUUUGGAUUGAACUUCACCUGGAAAAAAAGCACUGAAAAUUAUUUCCAGUUCACUUGAAAGGCUGUAUAUUGAAGUCAAGUCACCAAUCUUGACACAUUGUAGUUA